UUUUUAACAAAAAUAAUAAUAAAAUUCAAACGGCAUAUUUCAUUGUCUUAUUUGUCAUCUCAUUUUCCAUUCUAAAUUCCAACCUCCUCCCGCCGAUGGCCACCAUGGAACGCCGGAAAACGCUGACCAUGAAUUGGGACGGCCUCGGCGACGAUGAGGACGACUUACACUUCUUUGAAACCUAUAACCGUCUCUCCACCGCCGUUCCCGACGAUUUAGCUUCUUCCUCCGACGAAGAAGAUAAUGAUUAUGAAGACAGUCGAUUAUCCUUCGCCUCCGCAGUUUCCUCCUUUCACCCUGCAAAACAUCGAAAGCCGCCAGAGCUUCCGUCGGCAUCCUCCAUUACUCCAAACUACGAUAUCUGGAUGGCUGCUCCUGGAUCCAUCACCGAAAGAAGACGAAGAUUGCUUGGAAGCAUGGGAUUGGAUGAAAAGAAAGAAAAUCUCAAAGUUACAAGUGUCGCCAUUGGCCGCGCCAUCACGAAAAAGUUCGAAAACAACCAAAGAGAAACUUCUCCUUCUUCAAAUUCAUCCCAUUCCGGUACAAAUUCAUCAUCUUCUUCAGUUUCCACUACUAGUCCUACUACUACUACAACAACUUCCUCUGUUUCCGGUCAGCGAAAAUCAGAGCAGUCACCUGUUUCAUAUGUCCUCGUUCGAUCGCGAUCAGAAGGUGACAUUGAUUCAUUCUCCAUGGCAAAAUUAAGGAAGGAGGAAAUAAUAGGAAAGAUUUCAAAGCAGCGGUUAACCAGAACCGCUACUGACAUAGGCGUGCCGAGCACACGGGCUCGACACGCAAAUGGAAACAGAUUUAUAGUGAAGGAUUCACAUUCUGGUGAAUCCGGCCACAAACGCUUACCAUCGUCACAGAUGGUAACACAGAUGGUAACGCCCGGCUCAGCGGUCGGAGCGUUCUUUUUAAUAAAGAACUUAGAUACAGGAAAAGAGUUUAUCGUAAACGAAUACGGCGAAAACGGAAUGUGGAAUCGGUUAAGCGAUUUAGAAACAGGGAAACAGUUAACAAUGGAGGAAUUCGAAAACACGGUGGGGCAUUCGGCGGUUGUUAAGGAAAUAAUGAGACGUGCUAAUGUUGGAAGAAAUGAUGGUUAUGGGAAGAAACUAGCUUCAAAUUCUUAUAUUUUGAGGAGUUUAAAGUUAAGUAAAAGAAGAGGUGCUUCAUUGUUGAAGAAUAUUAAAGGUGUUGCAAGUGGAUUCGUUGGUGAAAGAGAAAGAGAAGUUGUUGCGCCACAAGUUGUUGCGCCACCAGUUGUUGAACCACAACAACAACAACAAAAAACUCAAGGGAAGAAUAAAUGGGUUAAGGUUAGACAAAGUGGGAAAUCACAAAAGGAGCUUUCAGCUUUACAUAUGUGUCAAGAGUUUCAAGCACAUGAAGGGUGUAUUUGGACGAUUAAGUUUAGUUUGGAUGGUCGUUUUUUGGCUAGUGCUGGUGAGGAUAAAGCGAUUCACAUUUGGGAAGUGCAAGAAUGUGAGGUUAUGUCUAUGAAACCUGAGGAAGGGAAUUUAACACCUAUUCAUCCUUCUUUGGUUUCUUCUAUGGAGAAAACUAGUGGGGAGGCACCUUCUUUGGGUAAGAAGAAAGGGAAAUUUGGAAGUAAAAGAGGGAGUGCUAUUCCUGAUUAUGUUCAUGUGCCUGAAAAUGUUUUUACUUUUUCUGAGAAGCCUUAUUGUUCUUUUCAUGGUCAUUUGGAUGAAGUUUUGGAUUUGUCUUGGUCUAGAUCUCAGCUACUUCUUUCAUCUUCAAUGGAUAAGACAGUGAGACUGUGGGACUUGGAAACUAAGGCAUGCUUGAAAUUUUUUGCACAUAAUGAUUAUGUAACAUGCGUGCAAUUCAACCCCAUGGACGAUGAUUAUUUCAUUAGUGGCUCUCUUGAUGCUAAAGUUAGAAUGUGGAACAUCCCUGCUCGUCUUGUUGUGGAUUGGACUGAUAUUCAUGAAAUGGUUACUGCUGUUUCUUACACACCUGAUGGUCAAGGUGUUCUAGUUGGUACACAAAAGGGGAGUUGUCGUACUUAUAGCAUAGAAGAUUACAAAUUAACUCAAACAAACACAAUUGAACUUCGAAACAAGAAGAAAUCUCAGCUAAAAAAGGUUACAGGCUUUGAGUUUGCCCCAUGUAAUCCAUCAGAAGUUCUUGUUACUUCAGCUGAUUCCAGGAUAAGAAUUGUGGAUGGUACAGAUAUUGUUCAUAAAUUUAAAGGAUUUCGAAAUGCAAACAGCCAAAUGGCAGCAUCAUUUAGUCCAAAUGGGAGAUAUAUCAUAAGUGCAAGUGAAGAUUCACAAGUUUAUGUAUGGAAGCAUGAAGAGCAUAGAAAUCCAAGCUCAGGAAAAGCUAGAAGUUUGGUUGUUACUCAAUCUCAUGAGCACUUUCCAUGCAAAGAUGUUUCAGUAGCAAUACCUUGGCCAUGCAUGAUUAGAGGGGAUCCACCACAAGUUCCAGUUCAACAUUCAAAAAAGAACUCAAAACAGUCAAUGGAUGAAAACAGCAAGAGAAUGCUUCCACCACUUCCAAAGAAAGGUAAUAAUAACAACAACAACAACAAUGGAACAGAAAGUGCUCCAUGUUCACCAGAACAUGACCCUUCAUCAAUUUCAAGAACAGAAUCAGGAAUUGAUAAUGACUCAUUUGCAAAUAACAGUAAGAGAAUGCUGCCACCUCUUCCAAAGAAAAACAACAACAACAAUCAAACCAUGGAAAAUGAAAUGGAAGAUGACCCGGCAGCGAUAUCGAGGACGGAUUCGGGGUUCGGCGAUUCGUUUUCUUCGGGUUCUGGUUCGAUUAGAUAUUGUGAUUCACCUUCAAUAUCAGAUGCAGCUACUCCAUCUUGGUCAUCUUCUUAUUCAUCAUAUGAUGGUAGCCAGGGUGGUGCAUCAGCAAUUCAUCCUUCAGCAUGGGGUUUGGUAAUUGUGACAGCUGGAUUUGGUGGUGAAAUUAGGUGUUAUCAAAAUUUUGGGUUGCCAAGAAGGAUGGGUAGACAAGCUCAUCUUUUUGGAAGCCCUGCAUAAUAUCUGCAGAAUUUGACUUAAUUUUUUUUUUCCUCUUGAGAAAUGAAGGAAUGGCACAAGAUUAAAUGUAAAUUCAAAUUUUUCUUUUUAGUUUGGCAUAAGAUGUGGCAAUUUUGUUUGAUUCUAUGUAUCCCUUGGAAGCUUAUCUCUUCAAGUAAACGUAUGAUAUAGUUACUGUUUUCGACCCUUAACGGUUGAGAUUAUUUAAAAAUUGAUUUUGUGAACA